UAACAUACACAAAUAUAAAAAAGAUUUUAUGUAUCGUCAAGGGAGCAAAUUGCUGGUGAGAGAGAACGAAAGUUUUGAAUAAUUUCAACAUGUCACAGCAACAACAAUCAAGUGGAGAUGCCUAUGGUUUGGAUAUGGAGAACAGAGAUCCUAAUGAUAUAAAUAAUCAUAUUAAGGUUGCUUUUGAAGACAUCCUCGCCGAAGUACAAGGUGCUCACGCUAUUGAUUGUGUAUGGAGAAACAGCUACAGAUGUUUCGAAGGAGGAAGGAGUUGCUGUUAUAAGUUCUUGACAGCCAUCUGUGGAAUAUGUAUCGCUUUAUAUUGGGGAUGUUGUUUUGCCUGUUUGGCUUUCGAGCACAUCUGGUGUAUCACUCCCAGUUUAUCUGCUUUUAGAGUCGAGUGUGGCGCAUGGAGAAAGUAUUACAGCAUUUGUAUGGACUGUUACUAUGGUCCGUGUUGUGAGACCAUGGGUUUAUUCUUCAGUAAUAUAAAGGUUCAAAACAAAUAACACGAAAAGUCAAAACUAUGUACGACCAGUUUGUGAUAUGGAUAUACCUUGCCAAAAAAACCCGUCCGGUUAAAAAAAAUCUGACGAUGCUAUGUAAUCUGAUAUUAUCUAAUUGAAUAUUUAUGUAAAUGUAGUUAUAUUUUAAACAGUUGUCACAACAUCAGAUAAUAAACGAAAUAGAUUGUAAA